AUGUUCCUGCUUCAAUCUUUUGGUUCUAAUGGCUCAGGCCAACUCGGUAUCGGUCACAAAAACGACGUAAGCACCCCGCAGCCUGUCAUUCUUCCGUCCUCCAUCAGUGGUAGUACAAAUCCCCUCCACAGACCCAAACGGAUCGUUGCAGGGGGCAACCAUACGCUCCUUCUCCUCUCAUCUGGUGAACUCUUGUGGACCGGAGACGCCACAACUGGCGCGUGUGGGAGGAUCAACCAAGAUGUAAACGGCGAUCUGAGACCGGAGUUCCGCCCUGUUGACCUGAGCCCCUUGCCCAAACGCACAAAGGUGAACCAUGUUGCUGCUACCUGGGCAGCAAGUGUGGUGGUCGUUUCGGCAGAGGAGGGCGAAUCCAUACGGGCAGCUCGCGGCAGUACUCAAGUCUACUCCUUUGGGUCUGGCGAUAAAGGCGAACUGGGAUUGGGGCCAGGUUUAACGCAAACGAUAGAACCAACUCUGAUCCCCAAUUUUCCCCCACCCGGUACACAAAUCGUGGACCUAGCGGCAUGCAUGGGGCAUGUCGUUGCUGUACUGAGCACUGGUGAGGUCUGGGGUUGGGGGCAAGGGCGAAAAGGGCAACUCGGAAGUCCAGUUGUUGCCGCAGUGCAGUCUCCACGGCGCAUUGAUGGGGUAAACUUCAAAGUAGUCAAGGCCGUCUGCGGUCGCGAGUUCACGUGCCUUUUUGGUUCAUCGGAAACCGGGGAGUUGAUGAUCCUCGGCGCAGAUAAGUGGGGGAUUCGCACUCAAGCUCCUCUGAAUGUGAAGGGCUGGAAGGAAGUUGGCGCUGGUUGGGGCUCAGUGUUUGUGCUAAAGGACGAUGGAACGUUGCUGAGCUGGGGAAGAGACGAUCAUGGACAGCUUUCGCGAAGUGGCCUUGGCCGUGUGGAACACAUUGCUGUGGGUAGUGAGCACACAAUGGCACUGACAGAUGACGGCGAUCUGUUGGCCUGGGGUUGGGGUGAACAUGGAAACUGUGGGCCAAUAAGGCAAAAUACUUCAGGAGAGAAGGGGCAGCGGAACCUGAUCGCCUCGAAGGCGCUCCACUGCGAACAGGGCAUGGAGAUUGGUAUGAUCAGUGCCGGUUGUGCAACAAGCUGGGUCUCUUUCGAAAAGAAAGCCUGA